CGGUCGGUUACUAUCUGAGCUCCUUCAUAGCCUGAUCCUUGACACCAGUCAGCCUGCCAAUGGCUCCCGUGCAUGUGAUUGCCAACCAUAACCCGUGAUCACCUGCUGCCGCUGCCCGGCUGUUGCCGCGGGUCCCGAAAACUCCGGCUCGGACCACAUCUUUGACGUUGACUAGUAGGUGUGGUAGUGUCUGCAGAUUCAAUCCACCAUGCCGUACGAUCCAGUCAAACCCUAUCAUGAGGACUAUAUAAAAGUGUCCGAUCUGCACACCCUCUACUACAUGCAAUGUGGGAAUCCGGAGGGUAAACCAGUCGUCUUCCUACAUGGUGGUCCUGGUGGAUCUGUCGGAGAAAGCGACACAGUGUUCUUCAAUCCUGACAUUUAUCGUGUGAUCUUAUUCACUCAACGCGGAGCAGGGAAGAGCAAACCGAUAGGAGAGAGACGCGAGAAUACAACUUGGGAUCUGGUGGACGAUAUCGAAAAGAUUCGCAAAUUGUUAAAGAUCGAGACUUGGCUAGUAUUUGGAGGAUCAUGGGGCUCGACACUGGCGCUGGCAUACGCACAGACGCAUCCUGAACAGGUGACUGGGUUGAUCCUGAGAGGAAUCUAUACUAUCAGAGAUGAAGAGAGCGAAUUCUUGUGGUUGACAGGGGCGAAGAAUUUCUACCCCGAUGAAUGGAAAGCAUUCGCAUCGCUCGUCCCUGAACAUCGACGGACAUCGAUGACGGAAUUUGCCAAAGCUUACAAAGAGCUGUUCGACAACCCGGACGACUCGAUCAGUCUGAAUGCUGCAAAGGCUUGGAGUCGUUACGAAUCUCAAGUUUCUCGAUUGGUUCCUGAUCCAAAGAGCAUUGCACAAGCUGAUCAUGAUCUGGAUUGGGCGAGGUCAUUCGCAUUGAUUGAAUGUCACUACGCCUUGAAUCAUGGAUUCAUGCCUCACGGUCAUCUCCUGAGCGAAGCACAAAUCGCGAAAAUACGACAUAUCCCAUGUGUGAUCGUCCAAGGCCGAUACGAUGUCGUUUGUCCCCCAUACACCGCGUACGAAUUACGUGAUGUUUACGGGGAUAAGUUGACAUUACACGUCGUCUCUGAAGGCGGACAUUCGCCCAAAGAGCCUGCCAUGUGUGCGCAAUUGACCAAGGUGAUGGACGAGUUCAAGGGUCUUUAGAGAGGAAGCGGAUUCAUUGUUUGGGUCUGAGAAGAAAUAAAUUCGAGAUACUUGUCGAUGUCUACUCUGCAUUCUUGCGAACC